AUGUCUGAAUUUAUUCAGAAACUCACUACCAUUGAACAUGCUUUACAAUAUCAACAUGCCACUCUUGGUAACUUCCUUCAACCUGUGGCCACAAUCCCUGUGGAAGUUCUACAAAGAAUAUCCCUAUAUGCCAUUCAAGAUAAAAAGGAUUUUGAUGAGAAUAGCCAGCAUUUUUCUUCUCCAAUUGCCCUCAGUCAAGUCAGCUCCACUUGGAGGCAUGCAGCUCAAUCAUGUCCUGGAAUAUGUGCACCACACAUCCAUUAUUCCAAGGGCCUCCCUUUAGAAGUCUGUGAGGGAACACACCAUCUUAUGCACAGAGGGAUAGUUGGGCUUGAGAGCCCUGAUGUCCAGAGCAGGAUAACAGCUCUGUCAUUAGUCCUGGAGAGGCUUCAUGGGGUGGUAGGUGAUUUCUGGGAAGAUAAGGGUGUGUUACAUGGGUCCAUUGAACGAUUGACUCUCUGGGUGCCUUACUCUGCUGAGCAUGACUAUGCUUAUCAGGAAGUUCUGUCCCAUCUUCCAUUACUCCAUCACCUCACUAUCAGUGGUGGUUUCAUACCACUUUCAACCACUCCAUCAGCAAACCUCUCUACCCUGGCUCUCAUCAACCUCUUUGUUGGAAGACAAGAGUUUACUUGGUUGCUGGGUGUCUGUAAAAAUCUCCAGGAAUUGACCCUGGAUAGGGUGACCAUCUAUGGGAGUGGCAACAUAACCAGUAGCCAGGGGUUAAUCCCAUCUCUCCACACUCUUUCCAUUCACUAUCCCAACCCUACCACUGCAUUUCUAUUUAAGGGCUACAGGGCACCUCAUGUCCAACACUUUGCCUUGAGUUUUCCCCCCACUUGGGAUGACUUUGCAUGGGGGUCAGACAAUGUCAAUCCUGCUGAUUAUGAUGUGGACUGGCUUGUGCUCCUGGAUGCUGUGGAGGAUUUUAGCUACUUCACAUGCCAAUGA